AUGACAAUUCUCCUGCUGUCAAUGGCAGCCCUGGCCAGUGCCGCACCGAAACCCUCGUGGGGUUACGGCGGUUACGGCGGCGGUUACGGGGGCUCAUACGGGGGCGUCAAGGGCUACGGGGGCGCACUGGCGCACACCCACACCCACUCGGAAUCGAUCGAGAAAGUGCUUCAACCGUACGCCGUGCCCCAGCCCUACCCCGUGAACGUGGUGAAAACCGUUCAACAGCCCUACCACGUGGACGUGGUCAAACGGGUGCCCCAACCGUACGCGGUCAAAGUGCCGGUCGCCCGCCCCGUAGCCGUGCCCGUCAUCAAACACGUGCCCCAACCCUACACCGUUGUGAAGGAUGUCGUACGCCGAGUGCCCCAACCCUACAACGUGCACGUCGUCAAGGAGUCCAUCCGUGACGUUGUCCAAAAGGUUGAGGUGCCGGUGCCGCAGCCCUACCACGUCAAAGUCGGCGUACCCCGUCCGUACACCGUGAUCAAAACCGUCAGACAGCCCGUGCACGUCAAGGUGCCGGUGCCCCAGCCCUACGAAGUGAUCAAGGAG